AGGAACUAACUAGCUAGCUAGCUAGAGUGAGACUAGCUAUAGAUAGCACACUAGUUACAUUCUUCCAUCUUUUUCCCAAAAACACAAGAUGGUGAGAGCUCCUUGUUGUGAAAAGAUGGGAUUGAAGAAGGGUCCUUGGGCUCCUGAGGAAGAUCAAAUCCUCACUUCUUACAUACAAAAACAUGGCCAUGGUAACUGGCGUGCUCUUCCAAAGCAAUCAGGCUUGUUAAGGUGUGGGAAGAGCUGCAGACUGCGCUGGAUUAACUAUUUGAGGCCUGAUAUUAAGAGAGGAAAUUUCACAAUUGAAGAAGAGGAAACUAUAAUUAAGCUCCAUGACAUGUUGGGGAACAGGUGGUCAGCAAUUGCAGCAAAAUUACCAGGAAGAACUGACAAUGAAAUAAAAAAUGUGUGGCACACCCAUUUGAAAAAGAAGCUGCUGAAAACAAAUCCAACCAAGCCAGUUGCAAAAAGAGUCUCUAAACCAAAAAUGAAACGUUCAGAUUCCAAUUCCAGCACCAUAACUCAAUCAGAACCUGCCAGUCUUGUUAAUUUCCCUGAAAUGGAGACUACAUCAACAUGCACUACUACUUCAAGUGAUUUCUCAUCAGUCACAGUUGGUGAAAGCAAAAAUAUCAAGAGUGAAGACAUAGAGUCUCUGGAGACAAUGCCUGAAAUUGACGAGAGCUUUUGGUCAGAAGCAGCAGCAAUGGAUGAAACCACCACCAUGCCAUCAAAAUCUUUGACAAUGUCAAAUGAGAUACAACUUCAAUACCCCUUUAAUUAUGAGGAAAGUUUCCAACAUUGUCAUGGUAAUAAUUCAAACUUUGACGAUGGAAUGGAUUUCUGGUAUGACAUAUUCAUCAGAACUGUGGAUCCAAUAGAAUUGCCAGAGUUCUGAAUUUUUCAUAUACAUAGUGAAUGAGGGUAUUAUUAAAUUUGGCAGAUAGAAUAGUUUAAAUAACAUGGUAACUUGAAUUUGACCGUUACAAGCAAUGAAAGGGUACAUUAAUUUCUAAUGUGGGGACAGCUGCAAGAGCUAGAGUCAUCCAUUGACAAAGCCAACCAGCUAGAGAGUAUUGGGAUAUGCUAAGGAUAUGUAAUUUACAAGGGAAAC